CAUUGAUGCGAUCAACUAUAAGUAAUCGCAAAACUGAUCAAACACUUACCAUGACCAGAACAAAAAUGAGUAUGCUGUUGAUAUAAAACAUCAAGAGAUUGCCUUCUCUUGUGGAAUGAAAAGCUAUUUGCUAUUUGCCGUCAAGUUUUGGACACCACUGCACCCCUGUCCGAGCCUAUCUACAUCAUCUCCAAUCUUUCGUCACUUCCAUACUUUCACACCUUCUGCGCGACUCGAGAUGGCUGCUCGAACUUUACGGAAACGUAAGGUUGCUAGUCGAGAGGAGGCGCCUGUGAAGAAAAGGAAGACCGGGAGGAAGGCCAAGGACCAGGUGGAAAAUGAGUAUUUGGAUGACCUUCCGCACAAUCCGGGACCUGUUCGUGCUCCCCGGAAGGAUAUCGAAACGAUUCCCACACCCCCGGAAGAUUUGAAAGAAACGCAGGACUUGAAGAAAAGUGCCAAAGUCGAAGAGGUCUCACCCGUGGCCAAAUCGGGGAUGAAAGCUGCGAACCAAGGUUCGGCCCAGGUCAUGGAGUUGGCAACCCGAAGAUCCCUUCGCCCAAGGAAAUCAGCUGCAAAAUCUUCAUACUUCGAAUCUGAUGACGAGACAAUAACUAAACUUCAAGUCAAGCCUUCGUCCGUAAAGAAGGAGGUCAAGGAUGAGGAUCUCCAGGUGGCAAUAGAAGCACCAGUUUGGAAAACGGUCAAAAAGACCAAGGAUAACCCGUAUGGACUUACUCCUGGCAUGACGCCCUUUCCAGAGUGGAGCGCCCCAUCGGCAGAAGAGUGUGAAGAGGUUUAUCGCCGACUGGCGAAAGUACAUGGAGAAGCCAAAGCCCCCGAGAAGAUACCAGCGCCAUCUUUGGAAGUGUCGGGUUGCGGAGAGGUACCAUCUGUUCUCGAUGCCUUGAUUCGUACCCGCUUAAGCGCGAACACUUCCAACCGCAACUCAAGUGCAGCAUUCAGGGGGCUGGUGACCACAUUCGGCACUGUCGACAAAGGUAUUGGGAAAGGCAGCGUUGACUGGAACAAGGUCAGAGUUGCUCCUUUGCCUACCAUCGUUGAAUCGAUCAAGACAGGUGGCUUGGCUCAGGUCAAGGGUAAAGACAUCAAGGCAAUCCUGGAAUUAGUUCAUGAAGAGAACACAAAACGACGAGAGGCUUUUAUGCAAGAGAAGAAAGGGGGGAACUUAUCUGGUAUCACCGGAGCGGACAACAAAACUCAAGGUCAAAAAGAUCUUGAAAUCUUGAAGACAGAACAAGACAUUCUUUCACUAGACCAUAUACAUGGUAUGGCUCCUGAUGAAGCCAUGCAGACACUCACUAAAUUCCCUGGUAUUGGCGUCAAGACAGCAUCUUGCGUUAUUCUCUUCUGUCUCCAACAACCUAGCUUCGCAGUUGACACCCAUGUUCACCGCAUCAGUGGAUGGUUGAAAUGGAUACCCCCCAAAGCCACUCGGGAUCAAACAUUUAGUCACCUGGAGGUGCGCAUCCCCAAUCAGCUGAAGUAUGGAUUGCACAAACUGUUCGUCCAACACGGACGAAGUUGUAUCCGCUGUAGAGCAAACACAAGCGAGGGGAGUGAAGAAUGGAGUAAAUCAAAAUGUCCUCUUGAUGGACUGAUGGAGCGAACAGGGAAGAGACAGUAUGGAGGGAAAGCAGGAUUGAAGAAGCAGCUGAAGGAAGAGGACAGUGAUUAAGUGCCUGUAGUUAGAUAAUUGUGGGUUAUUUUCGUUAAAUAAGUUGCAUCUCUUCAGCAUUUCGUGCAACUAUCUUUCUUACACAUGCAUUAUCAUGCGCGUGUCUUAUCACCCCCCGCU